UUUGCACUAACACCUCUUCAACUCAUAGCUGGCUUUAUAAAGUCACCGUUGUCUCAAAAGAAACUGACCGAGGACAGCGUGGAGCUGUACUGCGAGGCCAUCGGCAACCCCAUCCCAGAGAUCCAGUGGUGGUUCGAAGGGGCCGAGCCCAACGAGACGGCCGCCCAGCUCUGGGACGGCGCAUGGCAGGACCGGGUCAAAAUCAACGCCACUUACAAGCAGCACUCCACCAGUACCAUCUCUGUCGCCAACCUCACGCUCAACGACUCUGGCACAUAUGAAUGCCGGGCGAGCAACGACCCCGAUCGCAACCACUUGUCGAAGAGCCCCAAAAUCAAGUGGAUCCGUUCCCAGGCGAACGUGAUUGUCAUUGAGCGACCUCAUAUUUCAGUCACUCCAGAGGUAACUGAAGGUUCAAAUGUGAUCAUUUCCUGCAACAUAAGUGAAGAAGCCGUACCCAUCAAAGGCCGCUAUUGGAUGAAGGAUGGGGUGAAGCUUGAUUCGAAUGGGACUGCUAUGAAUUCUACCUCAUACAUGACCUCUCACCAGUUGCCCAGAGGCCAUAGUGAUGGCAGAACUCUCUUGGCUGACCUUCAUCUGCUGGUUCUCUUUUCCUCCUUUGCAGUCAAACCACAUGUUGUUGCAUAUAAGAAGUCGGAGCACGCGAACGAGGGGGACACUGGCGUGCUGACUUGCAAGGCCCAUUCUUACCCUCCUGUCACCCAGUGGAUUUGGUACAAGAUGGUAGGGGGCAUGCCAACGCCCAUUGUCAAUGGCUCAGAGGACCGGUUCUUCAUCAAAUCAGAAGCCAACAGGACGGACCUGCGCAUUGUAUCCCUGGAUAUUGAGAAGGACCCAGGCGAGUACAGGUGUAAUGCCACCAAUGACCAGGGAGAAGAUGGCGCUUCGGUGAGCCUACGGGUCCGCAGCCGCCUGGCAGCUCUGUGGCCAUUUUUGGGGAUUGUGGCCGAAGUGCUGGUCCUCGUGACAAUUAUUUUCAUCUACGAGAAGAGGAGAAAGCCCAACGAGGUCCCUGACGAUGAUGAUGGAGGCUCUGCACCCCUGAAAAGCAAUGCCGCUAAUCAUAAGGACAAGAAUGUGCGCCAGAGGAACGCAAACUAGCAGACAAUGAGGUGACAUCCCAGCUAAGCAGUUUGCUUAGAUGUCUCCUGUCUGCCUUGUGCUAUAGCACCAAGAAUAUUCUAGUGCACCCUCGCAAAGAACAGAAAACUUCACUUUUUAAGAGAGUCUGUAGAGUAAAAAAUCUUUCUUUUUCUUUUUUUAAAGGAAAACAGUGGGAGACAGUUGUUGUUUUUUACCUUUUAAGUUUGAUCGUAUAGACAGAUGGGCUGAGAACAUCUGUCGUUCCCUCCUUCCUUCGUGUCAGCGGCUCCUUCCCCUGCUGGCAAACUACACAAAAAAGCUGCUAACACUAGUCGCAAUGUAGCGUGGGGUUUAUCCAGCCUUUAAAAUGAUCCUCAGUCUUAGUAAGGAUGCAGCUGAAAACCCAUUUGACUGGUAGGCAAUAGGGAGCUAAGAAUGAAAAGCACAUUCUUUCUUUUUUCUGUUUUAUUGUUUUAGGCCAGGAACCUUCCUUUCCAAGGCAGAAAGUGGCACUAUUAGCUUCCUUUCCCCUUUCGACGGCCCACUGUAUCUGGCUUCCAGGAGUUUGAAUGUGCCCAAUCCACCCCACAAAGCCACCAGUUUUGACCUCUGGCACUUGCUCUUUUGCCUCUUCUGUUUGGUUUCCUGGGCACCAUCCCUCUCACCUCAGCCACCCCACUUCCCUACCUGGCCUGAAAGAAUAGUGCUGUAAACUGCUCAAAAACAAAACAAAACCCACAACGCCCACAUGUAUGGCGACAUGUUCUGUGCCACCGUUUUGUUUUGUUUUUCUUGGUCCCCUGUAGUACCAAAGCCCAGGCUCGGAGUGCAGCGGAAGGCAGUAGUGAGGAAAUGUCUCCUGCAGCAUCUCAGCAACGUCUCUUUUUAAUCCGCCGUGGUCAGAGCGAGACUUAAGCUACAAAAGGCCCCUAGCAGUACAUUGUUGGAGGACCAGAGCUGCUAGGGGCUGACCCAUCCGUCCCAUUUCCUCACUUGCCAGAACCUGAGAAGGGAGAGGAAGAGUCGUACUGGCCCCCGUUGGCCACCUCUGUUGCAGUUACUGUGGAAAUAGUUCACCUGUUUUAAAGAAGCUGACUUCCUCCAAAUAAAGCGAGAUUCACUUUU